CUCGGGGAUGGCGGCCGCCGAAUUGGGGAUGAUCGUAAUGUUGGGUGCCGGAGAAGGAAGCAGAUAUUGGUUCUAUCUAGUCAUACUCGGUGUUAUCCGGUCCUGUAUCGCUGCAGAGGUAUCCAGAUGGAGCAUUCCGGUUACGGAGAAAAAUUUUAAUUAUACAUUCAGGAAGACACUUUUCAAUGGCAGCACUAUUUCUUUAAGAUUGUGUUAUAGCAGAAGAUGGAAGGAAAGGAGGGAAGUUUGAAUAAAUUCUUGAUGGGAACACGUGUGAUUCCUCAUCGAUUGUUAACAUCUCCUGGUACCUCAGGUAUUCACACUGCUACAACGAAGUCUUCAAUAUGCCAGAUGAGCAGAAUAUUGUAUACUUUGAAAAUAACCAUGAAGUACAUGAUGGAUGGUCGGGAAGCUACGCACAGAAUUUCAUCGUUAUUGAGAACUGUACAGAGCUCUUUAAAGCACAGUUCUCCCAUUCAUCUUUAAUCCAUGUGAAGAAAUUGGAGCCCCUGAAAGAGAAUCCAAGAAGCACUCAAGAUGACAAGGAUAAUACAACAGUUGAAGCAAUUUCAUCUCCACCGUCAAGGUUAGAGAGGCCUGGCUUGUUCACAAGUUGGGAAGAUGGGCCGUAUUUAUUUAUAAUUAGAAUCCAAAUGUCUCAGAAAGAGUCAAAGAAAGAAGAAAAUAGCCAAGGCAUCAAAUCCACAGCAAAAAUAACUGACCAGGUAACAAACAAAAGUAAAAGGGAGGCAAACUUAAAGACGAAGGCUGUGCUAGCAGAGCAAGAUCACCCGUCAUUUACAAUGAUUGUGGAAAUGAAAGGGCAAUAUGAUUACAUCUCCCCUGCGGACUGGCCACUAAUGGUGUUUUUCAUGGUGAUGUGCAUUGUGUACGUGUUAUUUGGAGCUCUAUGGCUAGUCUGGUCUGCCUGCUACUGGAGGGACCUCUUGCGCAUCCAGUUCUGGAUCGGAGCUGUCAUCUUUCUGGGAAUGUUAGAGAAAGCUGUCUUUUAUGCAGAGUACCAGAGCAUCCGAUACAAGGGUGAAUCAGUGCAAGGAGCUGUGAUUUUUGCUGAAUUACUUUCUGCACUGAAGCGUUCCCUGGCUCGAGUUCUGGUCAUCAUAGUCAGUCUUGGAUAUGGAAUUGUGAAGCCUCGCCUGGGAGCCAUGCUGCACAGAGUUGUUGGUGUUGGGGUCCUCUACUUAAUUUUCUCUGCAAUAGAAGGCAUUCUUCGAGUCACUGGAACCCCACUUGUUACCCUGGCUCUCGUAGGGAACAUCACACUCUCAUUGAUCGAUUCCUGUGUAAUCUGGUGGAUCUUCAUCAGCUUGACCCAGACCAUGAAGAUGCUAAAGCUGAGAAGAAAUGUUGUGAAACUGUCAUCAUAUAGACAUUUCACAAACACACUCAUCUUUGCUGUUAUAGCAUCAAUAUUUUUCAUCAUUUGGACAACAAAGAAGUUCCGGCUGGCGGACUGUCAGUCAGACUGGAGAGAGCGGUGGAUAGAUGAUGCAUUCUGGCGAUUGCUGUUCUCCGUCAUUCUACUGGUCAUAAUGAUCUUGUGGAGACCAUCAGCAAACAAUCAAAGGUUUGCCUUUUCCCCUCUUGCAGAUGAGGAUUAUGACGAUGAAUUGAAGGAACCAAUGCUCAAUGAAGCUUUUGAGGGAAUGAAGAUGAGAGGUACAAAAGCAGAGUCCAAUGGCACUGCAAAGCUUAAUAAAGUGGAUGAAGAUCUGAAGUGGGUUGAAGAGAAUGUUCCAUCUUCCAUGGCAGAUGUUGCACUUCCAGCCCUUCUAGACUCAGACGAGGAAAUUAUGACAACAAAAUUUGAGAUUUCAAAAAUGGAGUGAAAAUGAAAUCAUUGGAAAGCAUUGCUCUUGUUUUUGAAGUAACAACUGUCCAGGAGAAGGUGACUUCAGUCUGCACAAGGCACCAAAACUGUAUUGUCUCUCAUGGCUUCACUGGGGUUGGGUGGACAGAGGAGUGUUUUAUACUUUGCUAAAUUACAAUUCUGUUUUUUUUUAAAUGAAUAAGUUAUUUUGCUAGUGCUUGCCAUAGAUGUCUUGUUUGGGUAAAACUAUACUCUUUGUUCCUGUAAAAUAAAUGGCUGGUCUGCUGCUAUUCCUAAGCAAAGUUACACGGAGGACAGGCCGCAAGUUAACACAACGCUGCUGGUGUUCAUUCUUCCUUUCCAACCCACCUUGCCAAAUGAAGUGAAAAGCAAGGUUGCCUUUGUAUUCUAACACCAAGUUUUUCACUGCCUGAAACAAGGGUGCAGUAAACUGGUGGCGUUAUUUAGCCACUGGCUCACUGCAACCCCAAAGAAUCGGUUCCUCUAUCCCCGAUAUACUACAGUUACUUAGUUUCUCCCCAAGUUUAUUUGUGUGCAAUUCCAGGGAAAGGGUUGUUUUGUAGAUUCUAGCCUGUACAGCUGGACUUGAGUUACUGACUGCCAGCAGUGCUGGCACCUGAAGUGGCCAUUUGGCUAGAAUUGGCAGGAAAAUGGAGCCUUGUAAACCUGAUGUUGGAGUUUAGUAAAACUAUCAGGGCAGCCUUAUUGUGACGAAAUUGUUUUCAAAUCAAAUAAAAUUAUAUGGGUGAAAUCAUA